AUGCAUCCCCGGAAAACCCCCCCUUCCCCUUGGGAUCCCCAUCCCAAACCAGUCAGAUCCGCCAAUCUCACCUUCCGCGCGUCUCACGUCCCCCCCCCCUCGCGGAGUGCGCCUUCCGUUCCGCCAUACCCUUCCGCCUCCGCUUAUUCCUCCGCUCCCCCGUACCCUCCUCAUCCGUACGCUUCCGCUUCCCCGUACCAUUCCCCUCACCAGUACGCUUCUGCUGCGCAGUACGUUUCCGCUCCCCCUUACUCUUCCGCUCCCCUUUACUCUUCCGCUCCGCCGUACCCUUCCGCUUCCGCCUACCCCUCCGCCUCCCAGUACGCGCCUUCCGCGCCCUCGUUCCCCCCCGCGCCCCAGCGUCGCGCAUCCUCCCCCUCACCGCCCGGGAGAAACUUCGUCAUUCGGUUCACGUGCGACGAUGACGACGAUGACGGCGAUGGCGACGGCGACGACAAUGCUGAUCCCAGUCGCGAAGGAGGUGGUAACCCGAAAAGCGACAUUUCGAGCAGCAGAUCGUUACCGCCGGCCAGACGAGCCUCUCCGACCGCGAUCCUUUCACCAGGGAGCGGGGCGUCAGGGGGGGGAGGGGGCGGCGGAAAUACUUCCGCCGUUGCCCUUCCGCCAAGACCCGCGAGCGCGCCAGGAUCUUCCACCAGUCGAACAUUUUCUUCUCUCCCCGCCGCUGGGCAAGGUUCCGCCUCCGCUUCCGCUUCCGCCACCGCUUCCGCCUCUCCGCUCUCGCUUCCCCCGGGCGCGAGCAAGUCCACAGUUUGGACUGCGGGUGGCGCACAAGCCGCGCAACCCCGCGGAAGACAGACGGGGGCUGGGGUAGUUGCGCGCGCAGCUUCCGCGCGAGCACUGGGCCGCUCCCCUUCCGUCCCCCUUCCCCCAGCGGCUGCUGCUGGCGGAUCUUCUCCGGCGGCGGCUGGCGCAAGCUCUGGCGGAGCAGGCGGGAGUGACGGCGGAGCUUCCUCGCAGUUUUUGAAGCAAAUUGCGCUCAUGCGCGAGCAGAUCGCGGCUUUUGAGCGCAGAGGGGAAGGCGGGAGCUCGGGGAACUUGGUUGAGGCAGGCGGGGGACAGAGUCCGGAUACGCCUAAGGAAGGCGCAGAGCCAAGCAGCGGCGGAAACGCCAGUGGCGCCGGCGCAAGUGGGGGUGGCGCAAGCGGGACUGGCGCAAAUGGUCCUGGCGCAAGUGGCGGUGGCGCAAGUGGCAGUGGUGUCACACCUGAGACGAAGGAAGGAGCACCAGGUGCUGUUGAGAAGGCAAGUGAGGAAGGAGGAGUAGCAGCAGGAGCAUCUGGAUUAGCAGGGAAGGCACCCGCUGCCACCCCAGAAGCAGCUGCAGCCGGUGCUUCCUCACAUACAUCUCGACAGGGCGGCGUUUCUCGUCCUGUAGCAGUCAGAGGCGGAACGGUGCGGUCGAGAGGAGGAGCAAGAGGUCUAGGUCAGGGGCGAGCGGGAGCGGGAGCGGGAGAGCAAAGUAGUGGGCUGCUGAAGCGGGGGAUGAGCUGGAACGAACCAAUCAUGCUGGAUGAUGAUGACGAGGAUGAACCAAUCAUGUUAGAUAGUGGUGGUGGUGCUGGUGGUGGCGGUGUUGGUGGUGGCGGUGGUGCUGUUGAUGAUGGUGCUUGUGGCGGGGGUGGUGGCAAUAACGGGGUUGCUCCGGACUCACCAGAAGACGUGAAGCCCAUGUAUGCUGAGCUGAGCAACCAGACUGCUGAGAUCAGCACGCGGAUUGUUGAAGCCAGCAAGCAGACUGCUGAGUUCAGCAAGCAGAACGCUGAGGCUGGCUUUGGCGAUGCUGGUGGUGCUGGUAGCGAUGGUAUUGGCACCAGCGUUGACCCGGACAGUGGUGAGGACAUGGAGAUCGACCCCAUGGAUGAUGAUGAUGAUGAUGAUGAUGGUGCUGAUGAUGAUGAUGAUGAUGAUGAUGCUGCUGCUGCUGCUGCUGCUGCUGGUAGUGGUGCUUAUAAUGGUGCUGGUGCUGCUGCUGGUGGUAGUGGUGCUUAUAAUGGUGUUGGUGGGGCUGGUGGUGGUGCUUAUAACGGUAGUGAUGGUGGUCAGGGGCGCGAGUAUGAUCCAAUAGCAGAUGCUUUUGGAGGCUGGGAGGGUGAUUACAGGCAAGCCUGCACCACCGUGCCCGUGCUGCAGCAGGCGCACUUUCACAUGCGCAUGCACAUGCAGAGGAACAUGUGGCCCCAGCUCGCCAUAGCCAUGACACAUCCACCCUGCACCACCACACCCAUGCCCACAUGCCACCUGCAACCGCCCCUCCCCCAGCCGCCCCUCCCCCAGCCGCCCCUCUCCCAACCGCCUCUCUCCCAACCGCCCCUCUCCCAGCCUCUCUUCUUCCAACUUCCCCUUUCUCAAAUUCCCCUCUCUCCACCCCCCCUCGCUCUGAACCUUUACCCAUGCGCCCCCCUUUCCCUGGCUUGGCCUGGCAAGGGGUUUGGACAGAACGGAAGGCUGCUGGCACAGCUGGCGGCCAAGGGCGGGGCGGGGGCUGGGAGGGAGGGGAGUGGGGUGGGCAGGGGAGGCGCUGGAGGAGGGAGGGAAGGGAGUGGGGUGGGGAGGGGAGGGGCGGGGCCUGGAAUGGAAGGGAGUGUGGUGGGGAGGGGAGGGGUUGAGGGGGGCAGAGGAAGGGUAGGAGCAGGGAGGGAAGGGAGUGGGGCGGGCAGAGGAGGUGUAGGAGCAGGGAGAGGAGGGAGUGGGGCGGACAGUGGAGGGAUGGUGGGGGGCAGAGGGGCGGUGGCAGGUGCAGGAGGGGUUGUGGCAGGUGGAGGAGGGGUUGUGGCAGGUGGAGGAGGGGUUGUGGCAGGUGGAGGAGGGGUUGUGGCAGGUGGAGGAGGGGUUGUGGCAGGUGGAGGAGGGGUUGUGGCAGGUGGAGGAGGGGUUGUGGCAGGUGGAGGAGGGGUUGUGGCAGGUGGAGGAGGGGUUGUGGGAGGUGGAGGAGGGGUUGUGGCAGGUGGAGGAGGGGUUGUGGGAGGUGGAGGAGGGGUUGUGGCAGGUGGAGGGAAGGGAUUACCUGCUGCUCUUGGUCUGUCUGCUGCUGCUGCUGCUGCUCGUGGUGGUGGUGGUGGUGCUGCUGCCACUCCUGCCACUGCCACUGCCAAUGCCUCCCCGUCUGCUCCUGCUGCAGCUGAUGUGUCAGCUUCUCCAAUUGGCAGUCCGGCGAGAGCAAGGGAUGUGGCCUUUGGAGGGCGAGGUAGAAGCAGUCCAGGAAUUAUUAAUCCCAGCCAGAGCAGCCCAGGUAGCAGGGUUGGGAUGGGUGUGAGGGAUGGAAAGGGGAGGGGUGAUGGGGGAGAGAAGGUGGCGGAGAGAAGGCUUCAGGUGUCCAUUCAGGUGAAAGUGGAAGCCCAUGAGGAAGCGGUUGGCAGGGUUGUGACGUCAGGUGCACCACUAGGAAUGACGUCAGGUGCAGGAAGGGGAGGAGUGACGUCAGGUGGAGGCAAGGGAGGAGUGACGUCAGGUGAAGGAAGGGGAGGAGUGACGUCAGGUGGAGGAAGGGGAGGAGUGACGUCAGGUGCAGGAGGGACGGGAGAGAUGGUGGGGCGAUCGCUGGGAGCAAUAGCAGGAGAAGGAGACGCAGCAAGGGGAGCAUCAGUGGAGAGAGUAAAAGGUAAAGCAGCGACGAGAGAAGUGAGGGAGCAGCAGAAGGAGAAGGAGAAGCAGAGGGAACAGCAGAAGGAGCUUGAGAAGCAGAGGGAGCAGCAGAAGGAGAAGGAGAAGCAGAGGGAACAGCAGAAGGAGAAGGAGAAACAGAGGGAACAGCAGAAGGAGCUUGAGAAGCAGAGGGAGCAGCAGAAGGAGAAGGAGAAGCAGAGGGAACAGCAGAAGGAGCUUGAGAAGCAGAGGGAGCAGCAGAAGGAGAAGGAGAAGCAGAGGGAACAGCAGAAGGAGCAAGAGAAGCAAAGGGAGCAGGGGAAGAAGAGGAAGUUGCAGGAGCAGCAAGGCGCGCAGGGGAAGGAGCAGGAGGAUCAGCUGGGAGGGCAGGAGAGACAAGGCGGAGAGCCGCGUAAAGUAAUGAAACGGGGUGAAUGUGCGAGUGGGAGGAGUGUGGAAGGAGUAAGGGACAUCCCUUUUGUCACCGAGGGGAAUAAGGAGAAGGGGGCAGAGGAGAAGAGUGAAGAGGAGAAGAGGCAGGGGAAGGAGGCGAGAAUAGCAGGGGUGUCGGGAAGGGUAAGAGAGGAGGAGGCGCAGGGAGGGGAAAGUGGGGUUGCAGAUUUGAAACACGGGAGGAGGGUGGGCGAGAUUACGGCUGGUGACUUGGGGCAAGGGAAGAGGCGACGAGGUGAGGAGGAGGAUAGGGAGAGACGAGUGAGAGAGAGGGUGGAGGAGGAUAGGCAGAGAGAGGAAGGGGGGAGACGAGACGAAGGGGGAAGGAGGGACGAAGUGGGGAGGAGAGAGGAGGGGGGAAGGAGGGAGGAGAGGGGAAGGAGAGAUGAGCGGGAAAGGACAAAGGAGAGGGGAUGGAGCGAGGAGAGAGGGAGGAGGGAGGAGGGGGGAAGGAGAGAGGAGGGUGGGAGGAGUGAGGAAAGGGGAAAGAAGGAGGAGGGUAGGAGGAGAGACGAGCGGGAAAGGAGUGAGGAGUGGCGGAGGAGGGAGGAGGGUAGAAAGAGAGAGGAGGGUAAGGGGAGAGAAGAGGGCGGGAUGAGGGACGAGCGCAUGCAUGAGGGAGGCCGGAGGGAGAGUGGUAAAAAAGAGGAGGCAAAGAGGAAAAAGGGGGGUGCGGAGGGGGGUGAGAACCAUAAACGCGGAGCUAGGGGGGUGACUGGGGAAGGAGUGCAAGAGAGGGUGCGGGAGCGGGUCCGGGUGAGAGCGAGAGGAGUGUUGGAGGGAGGGGCGAGGGAGAGGAGUGUGGAUGAGUAUGAGAGUCCGCUGGUGAUGUUCCGGUGCUACCGGCACUCCCCUGUGUUCAUGGCUCGAUGGGGGGCUGUGGUGGAGUGCGGCGAGGAGGGGCAGGAGGAGGGGCAGGAGGGGCAGGAGGAGGAGAAGGAGGAGGGGCAGGAGAGGCAGCAGGAAGGGAAGGAAGAGAAGGAAAGGAAGGAGGGGCAGGAGGGACACAGAGUGGAUCAAGGGCAGAGUCAGCAAAGUCAACAGAGUCAACAACAGCAGCAGCAGCUGCAGCUGCAGCAGCAGCAGCCCGAGCGAGGCCCAUCACCCCAUCCGCCCCCUUCCCCACUUUCCUCUCGGGCCUUGCGAGUCCACGAGGCAUCGAUCGAUCCGCACCGUGUGAUCUGCGCCGCCCAGCUGCGCGGCCAAUGCGUGGACGCCAAGUGUCGCCUGCAGCACCUGCUGCCCCACCCUGUGCGCUUCGCUGACGUGGUCAGGGUUGUGAGGGACGAUGCUGAAAAGGUUGCUGAUAACGUGUACGCAGAGAGUGUGGCAGAAGCAGCAGCAACAGCAGCAGCAGAAGUGGGGACAGCAGGUACUGAAGGAAAAGUGAGGGCGGCAGAAGCAGCACAGAGUGUUAAACCACCAGCAGGGUCCAUCCAAGAAGCAGAUCCGUUACAAGCUGAUGCAAUACAAGGGAUGAGCGUGUGGGAUAGGGUGAGUGGUGUGGAGGGGUUUUUUGAAGAAACGAGAGAGAGUGGGGUUGAGAGGGAAUGUGGAGGUGUGAUAGAGGGAGUGAGAGAGGGAGUGAGGGAGGAAGAGAGGUUGCCACUGCACCUUCCCCUCUCUCUGCUCCUUUCUGGAACGGUGGAUUUCUGGGGCGGUGAAAGCUGUCCUGUGAUUGGUGAGAGGUGCCACGUGGAGCAGUCCUAUUGGCCAGCCCCUGUCCUUUAUCCACCUGAAUCGGAUCGACCCGUCUCUGAAGGGAGUGGGGCGGCUGCUCUUUGCUGUCUGUGCGCCGGAACCCACCGCUGCCUCUUUGGAAACUGUCAUUGCCUCUCCGCGUUGCUGCACCUCCCCUGGCUUUACUUCCGCAUGCCCCCGCCGCCUCCCCUCACACGCUCUCUCCUGUGUCCCUCCUUCCCCUUCAGCCAGGGAGCAACAGCAGAUGCGUUCCUAGGUGACUCAACCAAGUAUUUUCCGUCUAACCCGUCCCACCCUCCUCGUCAGGUCAUCGCCUCGCUAGCGCAUUUCCUGUACCACCAGCCAGGCAGCAGCAGCACGUGGCACGUCUUCUUCCGCCUCUUCGCCCUCCUCCCCGCGCUGCUGCACCUGCCGUGGCUUUACUGCAUGGCGCGCAUUCGGAGGGAGUUUGAAGUCAAGGAGCAGAUGGCAGCUCUGGUGCAGUGCUGUGUGAGUGGGUGGGGUGGGGUCCGUUUCGCUGCCACAACACGGAGGGAGUUUGAAGUCAAGGAGCACAUGGCAGCCCUGGUGCAGUGCUGUGUGAGUGUGGGUUGUCGGGAGGACAGAAGGGAGGGGGGUAAAAAAGUGGGUUCAAGGGGGAAGCUCUGGUCCCUCUACCUGCCCACGUGGCAUCAGCUGCAAUGGCACAAGGCAUCAGCACAAAUCUCCUGCACCGCAGCAGCAGAUACCUGGACCAACACCCUCCUCCUCCUCUCCCACUGCCCGCUCCUCCCCUCACACGUCCCCUCCCCCUCACUCCCCUCUCUAGCCCACACCCCUCCCUCUCCUCCCCUUCCGCCUCCUCCUCUCCUCCUCCUCGUCCCCUUGGGAUCCGAUGCAGCAGCGGAGAUGCAGGAGAAAGGAGCAGCACUAGACUCAAUAACCCCCCACCUGCGCUCAUCUCUCGGCUUAUCAAACCCUAAUGCCGCCCCCGCGCAAUCAUCCCGCGUUUCCUCGGCCGCUACCCCCCAAGGGGUGUCUCUCUCGGGUCUAUUGAGUCAACUCCCUCCCCCCAUGUCCACUCCGCCUGUGGUUGACCCGGUCAACGCGAGUCAACGCAGUGCAGAGGCGCUUGACUGUGCCCUGCAGCUGCUGCUGGUGUGGGGGGAGGGCGGUGAGGGGAGGAAGGUGUGGGAAUGGGUUGGGAUGGUGGUGAGUGCGGUGGAGAGGGAGGGAGGUGAGGAGGAGGGAAGCAAGGGACGGGGAGGAGGGGCAGCGGAGGAAGGAGAAAUUAAUGGAGGAAAAAUGGCAGCAGCACCAACAGCGGCAGCACCAGCGGCAGCAGCACCAGCAGCAGCAGCAGCAGAGGCACUACUAUCCUGCCUCACGCCACUUGAUGCUGCCGUCUUUUUCCUCUCUGCCGCCCACCUCCUCUCCGCCGGCCGCUUCCCUGACACUGUAGCAGCCAAGAUCGGAUUCCGGCAGGAUUUGAUCCCGCUGGUGGACAUGCCCUGGGCGGCAGGUUGUCAGCAUGUGGGCCUGCAGGAGCAGCAGGCCAACACCCUGACAAUGGGCGGCACUGCUGAUUCCAAGCAGGCAAUGGGCGGCGCUGGUGCUGCAGUGUAUGGGCUCAUGUGUAGCUCCCUGUGCUCCUUGCUGCACUCUAGAGAUCAUGUAGUGUCGCCCUCUCUCGCAGCUGUUGCAGCCGGUGCUGAUAAUGCUGCUGCUGCUGCUGCUGCUGCUGGCGCUGAUGGUGCGGUUUGCAUGGAUGUGGAAAGCAGUGCUGCGGAGCUUGCAGUAGCAGCAGCGAGUGCAGCAGUGAGGGAGGCAGUGAGGAGCGGGAGGCACCUGCAUGUGAGGGACGCUGUUCAAUGGGCCCUCGCUCUUGCUGCUGCUCAUCCUUUUGCUGCCGCCCACUCUCCCUCUGCUGCUCACACUCCCACUGCUCUUGAUCCUUCAGCCUCUGCUGGCCCUUCAGGUUCUUAUCCUUUCACCGCUCCUUCUCUGGACUCUUCCGUCCCUCCUCACCACCCCCCUCUCUCCAUCCCUUCUCUCCUCCGUUGGGCUCAAUCACACUCACUCCUCCACCACCUCCUCCCGCCUCUCCACCCUCUCUUCCCCUCCUCCUCCUCGCCUUCCCUCACACCAUCACCCAGCCAUCUUUCCUCCCCACCACCUCCCCUCACCUCGGAAUACCCCCCUCAGCCCGAAGAGGCCCGGCAACUAGAGCAGGUUCGGCAAACCCUGGACCUUCUGCCUCGGAACGUGCCUCUUGCCCGAAUCUACCUCCACCUCCUGUUCGGUAACAACCUCCUGAACGUCCUCCAAGCCACGGCUGCUGCAGCGGCUGCAGCUUCGGAAGCUGCUUCGAAGCCAAAGCCGAAGCAGAAAGGCAUGUCCGGCGAAGGUUCCGAGCCUGUUACACUACCACCGACGGUCAAUCCUUCCCAGCUGACCCAUGCGGUUACCGCAUUACUAACGGCGUUGCAGAGUGGGGGAGGGGGGGUGGGAGCAGCAGCAGGGGGGGGGGGGUCGGGCCAUCCGGGCUGGGAGGCGGAAUGGACGGUGCUGAUCGACGUUGUGGAUGUGAUCAUGGCAAAUCGUACGGCUGCGUGCGCGCUGGCUCGUGUUGCUGUGGCUAUUCACCCUCUGUCGAAGCAGCUGCAAGAGAGAGAGGUGGGCCGUGGGGGGUGGGGGGGAGGAGAAGAGUUGGGGUUUGGGAAAUGGACAGUGGGGAACAGAAGGGCGGGAUCUGGGCUGUGGCUAUUCACCCUCUGUCAAAGCAGCUGCAGGAAAGAGAGGUGGGCCGUGGGGGUGAGAGGAAGAGAUGGGGUCUGGGAAAUGGGCAGUGGGGAAUAG